AUGUUCCCUUUUAAACUUGCAGUAAAAUCUAUAGACCAGUUCGUUGUUUGCUAGUGAUUGACCGAUUGUGCAGCAAUCGGAAAUUACCGAUUAUUCAUGUCACAAUCUACCCCGAUGCCGAUUUUAUAAUGACGUCAUAAAAUCAGCCGACCAAGUAAAGGUGACGUCAUUCAUGACGAUUUUUUAACGUUAAUUUCUAACGUAACAUGUUACUGCAACCAAAGAUCGUAAAAAAACGUUCAUAAAUGGCACGCUUCACGCAUUAAUUUAAUAUAUUGUGUUAAAACGCAACCAACGUGCCUCAACGUGCAAUGCAUAUAAUUCUUAAAGUACGUAUUUUCUCAACAAUCGGUUUUAGACAAUCGGAAAUAAACUUAGUUAAUUCUACCGAUUCCGAUUGUCUACCGAUAUUAAAGACAAAAAUCGGCCGAUACCGAUUAUCGGUCAAUCAUUAUUGUUUGUUUUAGGUUGUAGACGUCGCGAAGGCAGCAGUGAAUGCAAUAUAUGAUGGGAAACUGGGGAGUACAUAUGAGGUUUUUGGGUGAGUGAUGUUUAACAUGAAAUGUCUUCUUUCCCAAUGAGAAAAGUGAUUUCAUUUGAAAAACGAAAACUCUUGAAGAAACUAUUUGACUAUAAACGGCGGUUCACUUCGUACGGGUUGAGGUGUUUUUCAAGGCCGGGGGAGUUUUGGAAAAUCUAUUGUCACUGUGUAGGGGCUAUUGAAAGUCUUGGAAUUUUGCACACAAAUAAAAGCCAUUGAAAAAAUCUAGAAAACGGUUUUAUUAGAUUUUUAUGUUUCUAUGAGUUUUAUUCGCGUUUUAUAGCGAAAGCUUAUGCUCAUUCUAAUAUUUAAACGCCCACUUGGAUCCUCACGCUUGAAAAUCAAAAGUAUAUUUUCUGUUGUACUUAUAGUAUUACUUUUUAAGAAGUUUGUUUUUGAACUUUUUUUGUAAGAGCAAUGGAACUUUUUGGAAACGUUUUCGAAGAUGCUUGUGAUGUUACUCUGAGUGUAUAUCCACACCGGACAGGCUUGAAAUUAAAAUAUGCCUGGCGACGGUGGGAAUCUAACCUACGACCUUUGGAGUACUAGCCCAAUGCUCUGCCAACUGAGCUACUGUAAAACAUGAUAGAUUACAUUGAUAUCGAAGGAACUAGACUCAGUUCCGAAAUAUCACGUACUCGAACCGACCUGACCGCGUAGCUCAGUUGGCAGAGCAUUGGGCUAGUAUUCCAAAGGUCGUAGGUUCGAUUCCCACCGUGGCCAGGCAUAUUUUUCAAGCUUGCCCGGUGUGGAUAUACACUCAGAGUAACAUCACAAGCAUCUUAUUCACCUGAGUACAUUACACCAACACAGAAAAUAUAACGUUUUGGAAAUUCAAACGGACGAAGCUGUAUACGAACCCUAUAUAAGAAAAACGAGAUUGCUUACGAACAUGCGUUGGAGGACGGAAACUUCAUUGUUUUCCGCCAUGUGAAUGAGCUUUGUCUUACAGAGGCCGGUUGUUCAAAGCUGGAUUAACGCUAACUCUCGGUUAAAAUUUAAUUUGCUGUUUUAGUUUAUGUAUUUCUGCAUGUUUAUUUCAAAACUUCAGAGAAGAAAACUCCUACUGAUUCAGACAAGAUCUCUGAAGAAAUAUUUCCAAAUUUAUAAACAAGCUCUUGGGAAGUUUGCUUUGAAUUUUAAGUUAACCAAGGGUAAGCUAACCCAGCUUUCAACAACCGGCCCCAUGUAGAUCAAGAAUAAUGGGUUUAAUAACCUGAAGGGAGAUUCUAAUUGCGGCACAGUCCAUGCAAAUCAACCUGGAAUAAUAACAUUUGGAAUAUUUUUUCUUUAUAGGCCAAAGGAAUAUUAUCUUUAUGAUUUACUGGAUUAUAUCUACCGCAUGAACCGUCGAAAGUUCAGACAUUAUACUCUACCUCGGCCUUUGUAUAAGUAAGUCGUUUCAUUAUAUUUAUAUACUCUCUGUACUGUGUACAAGGAAAUUUAAAGGCUGUACUCCUGACCGAGCGACUUCGUUCAAAACGUUAUAGUGUUUUAUAUUUUGGGGGGAAAGUUCAGAUCUCAUACAUAUUAACCCAUAUGAAUCACGAUUUAGGAACAGUUACUUUUUUUAAACUUUUACGCUUAGAAGGGUAUAGGGUUAGGAUUAAGAUUAGAGGUUAGGGUUAGGGUUAGGAUUAGGGUUAAGUUUAAGAUACAAAAGAAUUCAAAAUUAAAGAAGUCUAAAAAUAGUGACUCUUCCUAAAACGUGACAGGUAUAUAUUAACUCAUUGAUGCCAGCGCUAUGCCUUUGACGAGUAAAAUCGUCUGGCAUUAGACAGAGUAAAAUAAUAAAGUAGGGCGUAUUAGGACGCGAUGCAAUUACUUAAUUGGUUAAAAUCUAGGAAAGCUAUGUUGCCCCCUCAAUAGAUGGUAAAUGGUUUAUGGAAUACCACAUUUUGCAGUCAUAGACUGAAUUACAUAUGUGCAUAGCACAAAAUUACAAUUAGGUAAUAUCAUUCUCCCCUCUUUCCCACUCUUCUUCGACGUUUAUCAUGUACAAUCACUAUAUAAUUUUAGUGCCGUAGCCUGGGCAGCGGAACAAAGUAUUUUUGACCCUCGUCUAACACGGGAUAUGUUGUUUAGGGUAUGUAUACUAUAUAUGGACAAAAUCAGUAUAUUUUUCAUUGAUAAGAUUUCAUUGUGGUACAACAGUAGUUUAUUAUAUGGCAAGGCGGUCCAUCUGCAAAAUGCUUAAUUUUGAUUGGUUCUACAGAGGUCGGUAAGCGGCAGUAGGGACCGCUGACUGACCUCGUAUAGUGAGGAGCGCUAAAGGCCUAAUUCCACGACGAGCGAAAUGCGAAAAAUUUCGCGCGAAAGGCUGAACGCAUGCGCAACAUGAUUUUUGAGUGGUUCUCUGCGAAAUGUUUCUCUUCGCCGGGUAGUUGAAUUCGUUUCUACUCCGUUGCGAAAUGGAAAUCAAAUGCUUGUACUGUGGAAAACACUGACGAGAGAAAAUUUUCGCCCACAAGUGUGUUUUCGCGUGAAUUUUUUUGCAUUUCGCUUGUCGUGGAAUUAGGCCUUGAGAUGGAUCGCUAGCGAAGAGAAAUCUGAAUUUUAUGUGUGACUUUGGUAAGUUUCAAUGAUAUCAUAUCUUACUAUUCUACUCUACUCUACUUUGUGUUGAACCGCUGUUUACAUGCAUCUAUAAGAUAUUUUUAUGAGUCAGUCGCUUAAAUGAACUAAAGUGAAUUUGGACUGUUCUGUUGUCGACUUUUUAUAUAUUUUAAUAUCUGACGUUAUUGUUUUAUCUUUUUCAAAAAUUGUUUACCGAAAUUUAAAAUCAUGCGUUUGUAAAUGUUAAAAUCCAUAAACGUUGUCAUGUUUUUCAAAGAAUGAGAAUGAGAAAGAGAUAGCACAAAAGAUAUAAAGAAAGAAAUAUGAAGGAAGAAAUUUUCUGUUUUGACAUUGAGUUAUGUCAAUACAGCUCUUAGCCAAUCAAUGUUCAGAAUUUACAAAUGCUAUAUAAUUAAAGAGCGCUUCCAGUUGACCUGGAAAUGAGCUCAUGAAGGAUAUCCGCGGAAGACAACUUAAAACUAACACGUCAUAUAGAGUGUGGAAUAAUGCACUCCCGUUUCGUUUAGAAUAUCAGGUUGAGCAUUGUUUUGGUAUAGGAUAAUAGGUACAAGAGAUAUAAUGUGCACUUAAUGUCUCCCGCUAAAGGAAAUGUUUUGUUUUGUUUUGUUUUCCCAAGAGUUUCAACAUUAAGAUUCGAGGGAAAACAAAGCAAACUAUUUCCCGAGGGAACAGACAUUCAAUGUUUUGUUAUAAAGAGACGAAGAAAAAAUAAACAAUUAUGCUUCAUCAAUUAAAUUCUUUAAUGUAAAUUAUUUUAACAGUAAAAGAACCGGCUAAAAGUGUUUUAACAGCAUUUCCUACUACCUGUUGAAUAUUGUUCUCCCCUGUUAAGUACUGUAUUAUUUUUUUAAAAUGGAAAAAUUUUCUUUCUGAAUUUUUUACUCCUUAUUGAGUAAUUAUGUACCUAGCCGGUCAGGGCGUGCAACAAUUUUUCACUUGUUGCCCGGCGGAAUCAUUGCAUUUAUCUAAAUCCGGGUUUACCACAAAUCAGCCAAUCACGUUUAGUUAUAAUAAUGAUUUUUGUAUAAUCUGUUAUAAAGGACUUUUAGGAUAAUUUGGUAUAGGGCAGAACCGAUUUUCUUUCCUAUUAUAUAACGAAUAAUUUUUAUUUUGUAUUGCUUAAAAUAUCAUUGUUCUUCAUACAGCAAUUCAAUACAGAUGAACUUACUCAAGGUUUGCCAAGACUUGAAGAUCUUGGAGUUGAGCCCACAGCUGUAGAUACAGCGGCAAUUACUGUAUUACGACGUCAUCGUGAUUUAUGGACAUUUGAAGAAGCUUUGGACGAGGAGGAAAUAUGUAAACCAACCAGUGCUUAUGCUUGAGAUGAGCAUUGUUUAACUUGAUGACGUACAAAUGUAAUUUUAUAUGUAAUAUUGUAAAGCUGCUUUAUUCUUAAUAUUCUCCACGUUUUCCAUGUAACAUGUUGCUUUAAAAAAUGAAUUAUAAAUUUAUAUGUCGUGAACCCUCCAAUAAACUCCAAUUAGCUCCCUUGGUUAUAUAACCAUAUGUCGCGGUCACAAGAUGGUCAAUGAUAGUAUGGGCUCUCUUUUAGCACCAAACUGAUCCAUUCUUAACGUUUUUUCAUCAAUUGUAGGUGAAUAUUGUUCUGAAAAUCAAUGUGUUCAACUUUAAAAAGCAGCUUUUUUUCAAAUUUCCGAAAACCACCUAUGGCCGCGUUAUUGCAUGUGCAAUGUCUCAAAAAGUGACUUCAAACUUUCAGUGUAGCUUCUGUAUUGUAUUCUCUUGGGGAUGAACUAGAAUCAUAAAAUAUCUGCAAAGCAUGCCGAUAAUAUCUAUUUCAAUGUUUUGUCCGCAAAAAAAAUAUUUGCCUCAAUCACCAUAGUUCUAGCUCAUCCCCAAGAGUAACCUGAAGUACAAGAGUAUAUGUGGUAUAGUAUUAAAUAAAGUUAUUUUAGGUUUUUAAAAUUCAUACUUCUUGAGAUCUCAUGUUUACAAACAUGUUGAUUUUUCAUCAAUGGGGUGUAAUGGUAACCAUGGCAACAGUUACUUUGAAAAACAUACUUUUUAUGUUUGUGGUACCAUUGCUAAAAACUGAUCAAAGAUGAACAUCAUAACAUUAAAACACACAAAAAGAGGUAUUGGACCAAAGUUAUGGUAUAUAAACAAUGUAGUUUAAACUUUUGUUUAAGAUGGCUCAAUACAAUUUUUUAAAAAUGGGAAAUUUGCGAUUUAGAUGCCUAUUUUUGGAAUAUGUAAAACGACAUCUAAAAAGUUACGCAACUGUCGUUGCUCUGCAAACAAUGACGUUCCAAUAUGGUGGAUUUUUUGCUUUUUAAGUAAUUUAACUCGAAAACGACAUCGGUAACCCCCAAUUUUUAUUUCAUAAAAUAGUUUCUCUUAGUAUAUUGAAUUACGCUGACAAUUUUAAAACAUUUCUGUUGAAAUUUUUCAAAUUAUCUAGAGGUGAUAUUUCAUGAUAAUUGUUUUCGGCUUAACAGAAUUUUUUUAAAUUGUCAAAACAAUUGAUUAUACUAAGGGAAAUCAUACUUUGAAAUACAAUUCGGGGUCAUCGAUGUCGUUUAAGACAAAUAUCUGUCAUCUUGAAAGUUGGAACGUCAUCGUUGACAUACUAUAGUCGAACUCUUUAGAUGUUUUAUAUCAGUUAGAUAUUUUUUAUUUUUCAACAAGAAAUAAUUGUCCAAAAAUAUGGACCUGAAUCGUGAAUUUUUCAAUUUUAAACAAAAAAAUUGUAUUGAGCCACCUUAAUAGCAAAUCUAGCUUACAACAAUCCCUGUUUGAAGGUCAGUCAAGGUGAAUCCAGUGACUAGCGGCUUUGCUUGUUUGAAGGUCAGUCAAGGUGAAUCAAGUGACCAGCAGCUUUGCUUGUAUUGACUGUACUAAACAUACUUUGAACUCUGAAGAUCAACAAAGGUGAAUCAAGUAUAAGCAAGAUCAAGUGUGCAUGAUUGUUAAACAUUUUACUUUAAACUAAGAUCAAUCAAGGUUCUUGAAUCAUGUAUAAGCAAGAUCAAAUAUACAUCAAUGUUAAACGAUCGGAUUGCUUCACAAAAUAGCCAACACCAGCACGUAAUCAAUCUUAUAUAAUAUUCAAAGGAAGCACGACUAUACGUUCUGGCAAAGACUACAUAUUCUAGAACUGCCAGGUUCGGAAUUUAGAUUACGUUCAGACUACCUUGUACAUGC